AUGAGAGAUGCUUUGGAUCACUAUAAAUGGCGCGAGAAGUGCAAUGAAGAGCUUUCUGAAGAGGAGCAGUCUGACAGGAGACACAGGAUGCCGACAGAGGUGGUGGUGUUCGGUGUGGGAGUUGCCCUCCUCAUGCUGGUGCUAGCGUUCCUGCAAACGUUCUUCAAAUCUGCACCAAGAAACAACUCUCAGUGUCCCAAAGGAAAAACUCCACCAGGCCCUCCAAGCUGCUUCCUCGUAGGCAACAUGAUGGAGUUAACCCAUGACCAUCUGCCAAUUCACCUCACCCGUCUAGCGCAGCGCUACGGACACAUCUACCAGCUUAAAUGUGGAAAUACUCGCAUGGUGGUUCUAAACAGCAGUGAGGUCAUUAGAGAAGCUUUGGUGAAGAAAUGGUCAGACUUUGCUGGGAGGCCUGUUUCCUUUACAGGAAACGUCGUGUCUGGAGGAGGGCGCUCCAUCUCUCUGGGAGACUACGACGACGAGUGGCGGGCCCAUCGUCGCCUGGUCCACGGCGCUUUGCUGCGAUGCUGCCAUCACUCUUUGCACGAGGUGAUUGAAAAGCAGGCGGCGCAUCUCUGCAAGGUUUUGAAGGCCUAUCAAGGCAGUGCUGUUGAUCUUUCUGAGGAUUUCACAGUGGCGGCCAGUAACGUGAUUACCACUUUGACUUUUGGAAAGGAAUAUGGCAAGAGUUCUUCAGAGCUGCAAGAGUUACACAACUGUCUGAAUGAGAUUGUUGCUCUAUGGGGCUCUUCUUGGAUUUCCGCCCUGGACUCCUUCCCUUUGCUGAGAAAAUUGCCCAACCCCAUUUUCUCGCGUCUCAUGCGAGAAGUGACCAAGAGAGACGACAUCAUACGCAAACACCUCAACGACUACAAGUCACAAGACAGCAAACCCGAAGGCACCAUCACAGGCCACGUCCUCCAGGAACUCGACACAGAGAAUGGAGUGUUGCUGACGGACACUCAUGUUCACAUGGCCACGGUGGACCUGCUCAUCGGAGGAACAGAGACCACUGCAGGCCUGCUCAACUGGACCGUAGCAUUCCUCUUGCAUCGACCAGAGGUCCAGACUCAGGUCUAUGAGGAGCUGUGCACGGUACCAGAGGGUCACUAUCCCAAAUACAGCGAGAGGCACAAACUCCCCGUCCUGAGCGCCCUCGUCAACGAAGUGCUCCGACUCAGGCCCGUCGCUCCUCUGGCCGUACCGCACAGAACCGUCCGAGACAGCAGCAUUGCAGGUUAUUUCAUCCCGAAGAACACCGUGAUCAUUCCGAAUCUUUUUGGAGCUCACCACGAUCCUUCGGUCUGGAGCGAGCCGUACAGCUUCAAACCAGAGCGCUUUCUGGAGGGAGGAGACGCUUCUCCUCGAGCCCUGAUCCCCUUUGGAGGGGGGGCUCGUCUCUGCCUGGGGGAGUCGGUUGCCAAAAUGGAGCUUUUUCUGUUUACGGCCUAUUUGCUGAGAGAUUUUCACUUCUUUCCCGCUGAUGCCCGUCUGCCUGACCUGAGGGGCGUCGCUAGUGUCGUACUCAAGGUCAAGGCCUACAAAGUUAUUGCAUGCUCACGACCUGUUCACAGUAAAUAAAGCCUUGAACUGUUUGAGUAUCUUUAAAUUGUGUAACGUAGAAUCAUUAAACAUUACACGCCAUGCCAUAAAUGCUUGGAAAUACAGACCAGCAUCCAUUCACUAUUAAGGAUUUUAUGUUUGUUUUUGAAGUCCUUAUUAUUGCAGUACCAUCAUUCUAAAGUUUGAUUCAUGCACCUUUUUA